AGUGACGAUGCCGUGUCAGAUUGGUGGGUCUUACGACGACACCUUUUCUGCUUCCGUUAAAUAUGUCUUUCUUUUUUCUAUCGCUUCGUUGGAGGAGGAGUGAAAAUGGGUCGCCGACCAGCAAGAUGCUACCGCUAUUGUAAAAACAAGCCCUACCCGAAGUCUCGAUUUUGUCGUGGCGUACCUGACCCCAAAAUUCGUAUAUUUGAUUUGGGAAGGAAAAAGGCGACCGUUGAGGAUUUUCCCCUGUGUGUUCAUUUGGUUUCUGAUGAAUACGAACAGCUGAGUAGUGAAGCUUUGGAAGCUGGCCGCAUUUGUUGUAACAAGUAUUUGGUAAAAUACUGCGGUAAGGACCAGUUCCACAUCAGAAUGCGUCUGCACCCAUUCCACGUCAUCCGUAUCAAUAAAAUGUUGUCGUGUGCUGGAGCUGAUAGGCUUCAGACUGGAAUGCGUGGAGCUUUUGGAAAGCCACAGGGCACGGUUGCUCGAGUUCGUAUUGGCCAACCGAUUAUGUCUGUCCGCUCAAGCGAUCGUUACAAGGCUCAAGUUAUUGAAGCUUUGCGUCGUGCUAAGUUCAAGUUCCCUGGGCGUCAGAAGAUCUAUGUUUCCAAAAAGUGGGGAUUCACCAAAUACGAACGAGAACGCUAUGAGGAACUCCGCGAUGACAACCGCCUUGAACCCGAUGGCUGCAAUGUUAAAUACCGUCCCGAGCACGGACCAAUUGCCGCUUGGGAAAAAACUCAGCGUGACGUUUAUGCCUAAAAUUAUUUUCAACUUAAAUAUUGCAUAAACAAUUGUAAUUCAAAUAAAUACUGCUGAGCAAAGA